AGAUUUUUGAUAGACGCGAGCCAUCGCACGCGGCUUCAGCCGCUUCAGGAAGCUGUCGUUUUCCUGUUGCGGGGCCCACUGCUAGCCUAUUUUUCACGUUGCUCACCAGCUGUGACUUCUCGUAAGCGCCGAGAAUUGUAAAAUAAUAGUGAGCAGUCCGGCCUGUUUCAGAAAUGAAAACUGAGUGCCGGCCACGCAUGCAUAGCUCCGAUAUUUUGUGUUAAUAAUUUGUAUGCAGCUUCAGUGAACUUGUUCAAGUAUCAAAAUAUGGGUGCCUUUUGGGGUAAGACACCUGAAACUGGUGCAGCAGAAAGCGAGGCAAGUGGAGCCGCUACUUGCGUAUUCUGCAAAAUCAUAGCAGGGAAAGACCCGAAGGCAACUCUUCUUUACCAGGAUGAAGAUUAUGGUGUGUUCCCAGACAUUCACCCUGCAUCGACACAUCACUACUUGGUUGUUCCCAAGAAGCACGUGAAGAAUGUUAAAUCAUUAACACACAACGAUAUUCCUCUAGUAAAUCGCCUAGUUGAGAUUGGGAAGCAGGUACUGGAAGAGCGCGGGGGAAGCGUGGAUUCCUCAAGGAUGGGCUUCCACUGGCCUCCUUUCACGAGCAUCUCCCACCUGCACCUGCACGUUAUUUCACCCGUGGCAGACAUGUCCACGUUGGCCAGUGUCAUCUUCAUGCCUAGUAUGCCAUGGUUCAGUCUGGUGGAGGACACCGUGGCCUACCUGGAGCGUUCGCGACCACCAGCGUCCUGAUCACUUUGAGAUUUACUUAAUUCGAGUUAUGCUUUGAGGCUG